UAGAAACCCACUAUGAAAACUGCAGUUGUUUUGGUCGUUUUGGGGAUGUUGCUGCUAAAUGCUGAAGCUUUGAAGUGUCGGAAAAGCGCAUGCAGUGGCAGUAGACCAUGCUCAUCUACUACAGUAACAUGUGAACGAGAUUCCACUCUGUGCUUUGUCAUGUUGCGCUCCAAGCCCAUAGUUUCAUUGACUCGUGGGUGCAUCACUGAGGGAAACUGUGCAAUACUGAAGAGCUUUGAUCCUAAUGUUCGGUGCUGUUCUACUGACCUCUGCAACUAAGUAUAGAAGUUUGCUACAAUCCUCUGCAGCUAAGAACCACGCAAAGACCCCAAAAUUCUGCAAUGAUUAGAAAUUGGUUUUACAUUUUAUUAACUUGUUCUUACCAAUAGUUCCUAAUGCUUAAGCUUUUAAAAAUGUUAAAAAUAAAAAAAAUUUUUUUGUAAAA